AUGGUUUUCGGAAAAUACUUUACAGCCAGACACGAGUGGGAAAACGUGGACAAAAACGAAUUGCCCAGCGACAUCCCCGAGGUCGAGGAGGUGGGCGCAACCUCUGCUCCUCUCUUAUCGGCAGCAUACUUCAUUGGCGCCAGAUGCAAACCAUACAACGACGACUUCAUGUUGUGUAAAGACGAGAAGAAUGGAGGUACCGUAGAGUGCUUAAAGGAGGGUAGAAGAGUGACCCGUUGUGCAGUGUCUGUUUUGAAGGAUUUGAAUAAGUACUGUUUUGACGAGUUCAAGUUGCAUUACGAGUGUUUGGAGCAGGAGAACCACAGAUUGGGCUCUUGUAGAGCCAGCGAGAAGAUCUUCAACAAGUGUGUUUUUGACAACUUGAAGUUGGAGAAAAAGAUUCCCGGAGUGGAGCAGCAGAUCUUCCUCAAGGAGAAUCCUAUUUACACGGGUACUGGGAAGGACAAGAGUGUGGCCAAGGCGUUUUUGGAUACCAAGAGUGCUCCUGCCGAGCUGUCAUAG